AUGGGAGAUAAGGUACGGUGGCCAAAAGAGAUGUGGUCAAACCCAAACAGACGUAAUCCGGAUCAUUGGUGCGAAUUUCACAAUGACCAUGGCCAUAAAACGUCAGAAUGUAGAUUUUUACAAAGCGAGGUUGAUCAUUUGUUGAAGCAAGGUUAUCUCAAGGAACUAUUUAGUGAAAAAGGAAAACAAGCUUAUAUGAAAAAUAGACAAGAGCCACCAAAACCACCUUCAUCCAAGAGGGUCGUAAACGUUAUCAGUGGAGGAGAAGAUAUAUAUUGUGUAACUUAUACAACCUCUAACAAGGUUUCUAAAAUGACGAUCACACAUGGCAAACGAGUACGUCAAACCUUGGAGGAGGAAAGUAGUGCCGUAAAUAUCAUUCUAUUGAGAGUGUUACGUGAAAUGCAAGCUGAAGAUAGGAUGGUGCCAAAAGCACAUGCUCUAUCAGGCUUUGACAAUUCAAGCGUGAUAACAAAAGUUGGAGCUGUUGGAGACCAAACUUUAACUGAAGCAACAGAUUUAUAUUCGAGACCCGAUGUAAUUAAGGAACCUGAAGAAAACGAGAACAUCAAAACAACAAUUGAAGAACUCGAAGCUGUUGUGUUAUUCAAGCAAUGGCCAGAUAAAAAAGUUUACAUCGGGGCCAAUUUAAAUCUCGACAUGCGAGGUUUUCUUAUUUCUAAUUGUGGAAUUGAAGUGAAUCCUUCCCAGAUUAAAGCAAUUGAAGAAAUACCUGACAUUCUUACUAGCAAGAAGGAUUUUCAAAGGUUAACAGGAAGGAUAGCAGCUUUGGGAAGAUUCAUCUCAAAGUCAUCAGAAAAAUGUUUCAGAUUUUUCUCCGCACUUAAAAAGCAAGACCAUUUCGAAUGGAAUGAAGAUUGUCAACAAGCACUUCGAGAUUUGAAGGCUUACUUAUCAAAUCCACCUUUAUUGGCCAAACCCAAAGAGGGUGAAAAGCUACUCAUAUACCUGGUAGUAUCCGAAGUGGCAGUAAGUGCUGUUUUAGUACGUGAAGAUCAAGGUAAGCAAUCUCCAAUUUAUUAUAUAAGUAAAACCCUGUUAGAUGCAGAAACGAGAUAUCCGCAACUAGAAAAAUUAGCAUUAGCUCUCAUCAUGGCAUCUAGGAAACUUCGACCUUAUUUCCAAUGUCAUCCUAUUAUUGUUGUUACAACUUUUCCUUUAAGAAACAAAUUGCAUAAACAUGAAUUGUCAGGUAGAUUGGCAAAAUGGGCUAUAGAAUUAAGUGAGUAUGAAAUAAUCUAUCAACCUAGAACCGGUAUUAAAUCUCAAGUGCUCGCUGAUUUUGUAGCCGAUUUUAGUCAAAAUACACAUUUGGAAGCAGAAAAAGAGUUGCAAGUUUUUAACGGGGUUAAUCCGGGGACUUGGGUACUGUUUACUGAUGGCUCUUCUAAUAUAAAAGGAGCAGGUUUAGGAAUAGUCCUUAUACCACCUACAGGUGAAAUAAUUAGGCAGGCUAUAAAAUGUCAUCCUGUGACUAACAAUGAAGCAGAGUAUGAAGCAGUGAUUGCAGGAUUGGAGUUAGCAUUAGAGCUUGGAAUCAUGCAAAUUGUAAUCAAAAGCGAUUCACAUUUAGUGGUAAAUCAAGUACUGGGGACUUACGUAGCCAGAGAAGCUCGAAUGCAAGAAUACCUUGAAAAGGUACGAGAAUUAGUGAGGCAAUUUCAAACUUGGAAGGUGCUACAAAUCCCAAGGGAAGAGAAUUUGGAAGCUGACGCCUUAGCCAACCUCGCAUCUGCUGCAGAUAUAGCAAAAGAUUCGAAUGCUUCAAUUAUACAUCUGUAUCAUUCAGUUCUCGAACCUGAUAAGAACGAGGUAAAUUUUAGUCAUUUGACUUGGGGUUGGAGAAACGAAAUCGUGUCUUUUUUGCAGUACGGAAUCAUACCUGAUGACAAGGUAAAAGCCCACGCAUUAAGGAAGAAAGCUGCUCGAUACUGUUUACAUCAAGGAAAUUUAUAUCGCAAAAUGUUUGGUGGACCAUUAGCGCGGUGCCUCGGACCUGCUCAGACGGAAUAUGUCAUGAGAAAAGUACAUGAAGGACACUGUGGAAAUCACGCAGGUGGCAGAUCGUUGGUUAAAACACUAAUUCGAGCAGGGUAUUAUUGGCCCAAAAUGGAAGAAGAAGCGAUUGAUUUCAUAUCGAAGUGUGACAAGUGUCAAAGAUAUGCAAACAAUAUGCAUAGACCAGCGGAAUUAUUACACCCAGUCAUAGCUCCGUGGCCCUUCAUGAAAUGGGGAAUGGAUAUUGUAGGGCCAUUACCUCAAGCAAAAGGUCAGGUUUUCCAGUCUACAAAAGCAAUUAAUUCAGGAAAGUUAACUCCAACAUGGGAAGGCCCUUAUCGAAUUCGUGAAAUUGUUGGCAAAUGA